UAAUUUGCUAUACCAAUAAUUUUAUUAAGAUUUCAUCUUUUUAAUUGUUCGUGCAUAAUUUUUGUAAAAUUUUCAAAUAGGUUAUGUCUAAAAAUUUGUACUCCAAAAAAUUUUCUAUUGUAAUCAAGCGUGUAAUAAAAUUGGAUUUAUUAAAGUAUGGAUGAUUUAUCAACUCAGAGUGAAGAAAUCGAAGCCCUUUGCUCAAUUUAUGGAUCCGAUUGGUUGUGUGAUGAUGAGGCUGCGAGAAGUUUUCAUAUAACAAUAAAAGAAGGUGCCUUUGAAGUUACAAUGUACAUAACUCUACCGUGUGAUUAUCCUAGUCAAUCACCACCAAAUUUAGAAUUAUCUGCACCAGCAUUAUCACGAUUACAAAAACAAACUUUAGCUUUAGCUUUAAAUGAUGUUUAUUUAGAAUCGAUUGGUGAAUCCGUGUUAUAUCAAUGGAUUGAAAAAGUUCGCGAAUUAUUAUUUGAAAUAACUUCUGUUAAAGAAUGUGACGAUACAGAAUUAGAUACAAAACCCGAACCAGUUAAUGAAAAUGUGUUAGAACCAUCCGUAAAUGAUAUUAGUUUAGAUAUAUGCCAUGGAAAUCUUAUACAAGAUCGUAAAAGUGUAUUUCAAGGUCAUGCAACAAAAGUAUUUUCUACAAGUGAUGUAAAACUAAUGUUAGAUUCGUUGAAAUCCAAUAAGAAAAUCGCUCAGGCUACACAUAAUAUAUUAGCAUAUAGAAUUAAAGACAAAAAAACUGAUUGUAUUCUGCAAGAUUUUGAUGACGAUGGAGAAACACAUGCUGGAAAACGUUUGUUGCAUUUAUUAAAUAUUUUAGAUAUUUAUGAUAUUGCUAUUGUUGUGACUAGAUGGUAUGGUGGCAUACAUUUGGGACCAGAUAGAUUUCGACAUAUCAAUAAUGCAGCGCGUCAGGUUUUAGAAGAAGCAGGAUUUAUAAAGAAGAAAUAGAUUUUGAUACUUAUUUUAUAUUAUUUAUAUUGUUAACUGUUA